AUGAGCAACAUGAUUUCUGUAAAUGAUCAUUCACUAGUUGAAAGCAGAAGUAGUUUCAAUAUCAGUCAAAUUGAAGAAGUAAAAACUUGGCUUGUAUCUCAAUUUGAUGGGGACGGUAAAGACAUUCCAGAUUUUGAAUACACUUCUCAGAGCAUUUCUCAUUUACAUAACCUUACCACUCUCUCUCAAGCUAACACUCAAGCCGCUUUGAUUGCUGCAAACGAUCUCCACCAAAAAGCAUCUGAGUAUCGUUCCCAAGCUGCAAGGAUUAGAGAAAUAUUGGAGAGUAUGGGAUUGGCAAAAGAGAGUUUGCCACCAAAUGUGAUUGCAUCAACACAAGUUCUUGCGAUUGUGGCAAAUUUGUUGGAUAUAAGAGAUACUGAAUUAAGUAGUUUUCUUGUAGCAGCAGGAGAUAUAUCUUUAACGAAGAAUGGAGUCGAGGAGAAGAGGAAUCAACUACAGAGGGAGUCCAAAAUUCUUCUUGAUCGCACUCGAAAGGCAAUAACAAGGCUGACUUAUCUCAAAAGAACCCUUCAACUAUUGGAGGAUGAGGUAUCUCCCUAUGAGGCUCAGAUGGAAAAAUUGGAGACAAACUUGGGAAUUAUGGCUGCCAAAGAGCAACAAUACAUGCUACAACAUGCUAACUACAAGAUAUCACUCACCCUUUGUUAUUGGUGAAUCUGAUGUUUCAAUUUUGAAUGUUUUGCAUUUUAUAUUUGUAAAUCUCUUUAACAUAUUAAAAUAAAUGACACAUCCCUUCAUUUUUGGUUUACUUUUCUUUCCAUGUAAGAACUUUUGAGUGAUGGGAUUUCAUGUGUGUGGAAAGUCCCUAAUUUAUGCCUUUUUGAUUUUGUGCUGCUUAAUGGUGAAUGUGUUUUCAGAUGAGUGACUCUUCCUAUUCCUCAGUUUGCAAAGAAAGCUAAAGAUGUUUUCAUGUAUUUGCAUAGUUUAUUCUCUUUGAAUGGAUAUAUAGACAUCAUUAUUCUACCUAAAUGUAUAUACUUCCUACACCACACAAAGAGUGCCCUCUUUUCUUUGUUUGGAUGUCCCAUAAUAAUUGUCCCUAUAUAAAAUUUUUAAGACAUGGAUUUUUUCCAUUUCACCACAGUAAUUAUAGUCAUCAUAGAAAUUUAUGCAUUUGUAAGGUUUGAAUGCAUCUUUAAUUAGGCCAAGCAACUUGGGACAAUGUUGCAGAACUAAUCUUAAAAGCUCAAGUGUGUCUGUAUUUGCAUCUUCCAGAAGGAUGAACUUUUUAAAUAGAUGACUAUCAUGGUGGCACGGAGGGAGUAUUUGUAUGUGUACUUUGACUUCAUCUAUUAGGCUCCAAUUUUAUUGCAGACAUUAAACCUUGGUUGUCUUGUUUAGUAACAUUUUUUAGUGUAAAGUAACCUAAUCACAUGAUUGCUAGACAACAAAGUGAGUUCAGGCACAGUUUUCUCUUUUCCUCCAUGUUUAUGUAUUUGUUUAUUUAUUAUGACGUUAGUGACUAACGGGUAUUAUUUGAUUUCUUUAUGGUUGGAUCCUACAGAUUUCUGGGAGUAGCAAUUAACCCUCACUUUGUUUCUAUGCCAUUUUCUCUAAUAAAAUUCCUUAUGGAGUGAAACUAGUGCCAAAUGUUAGCUAUAUGAGAUACCUUUCUAUGUACACAAGAAUC